AGCAACAAGCGGGGUAAGUUAUAAAAGUGCCCUCAUCUGCAUGAGAAGCAUAUAAGAGCUACCGAAGGUUGUGACAGUCCUCAACAUUCUCAAAUUCACACAGAGGUAACAUCAGCAAUAAAACACAGACAAGAAUUAGGAGAAAUCAUUCAUUGCCAGUGAAAUGAAGUUGACGUUCAGACCCCUUCUUUUCCAUUUACUCCUCUGCUGUGCAACCCUGACAUUGGGUGUCCAUAUCCAUUCUGACCCAGAAGUCAGCAGUGAUGGUGUUAUACAGACAGAGCUGAAGAAGACUGUGUCCCUGCUCUGCCUGCCUGACAGCGGCUCUGACACUCAGGCUGAUGAAGAGCUGGUGUGGCUGAGGAAUGGCGCUGUCGUCAGUCUAAAAGAAGAAAAUAGAAAGGGACGCAGCAGCGUGUGUGUUACACCCAUCAUCCAUGACGAUAACGGUGCCACGUUCACCUGCCACCUGGGCGGAAAUGCCACAGUUAGUGCCUCGGUCACCCUGAAUGUCACAUAUCAACCACAGCUCUGCGGGUCAGAGGACAUUAUCGUAGAGGAGGAGGCAGUGCUAGUCCUGCGGUGUGAUAUCUGGGCCAAUCCUGCAGUCUCAUCUGUAUUGUGGUCACUGAAUGGAAGCGAAGUGGAUCUAAUAGCAGGUGGCUUCACGUUGGCCAAUGACGGCUUUACGAGCCAGCUGAGUGCAAACGGCGCAAAGAAAAGUCUGCAUGCAGGCACGUAUCAGUGCACAGCGAACUCUCCAGUCUAUGGAGAACACAGCAAGUACUACCAAGUCACAGUAACAGAAAAGGUCAUUAAGUUUCCACUGAUGCCCAUGAUAGCAGGGUUGGUGGUGGUAUUCCUUACUGGGCUUCUCGCUGUGUUCUCACGCUGGAGCAGAAUCACAAAGUGCUGCAAGUAGUGUCUGAUCUUCUGGUCUUCUCUACUUCACCAAAUGAAGCCAUGAAGACAUCACCCCUCUCAACCGAGUGCAACAGACUGGGAAUACCCAUUUAUAUAGCCCAGUAUUCAAUUUUAGAUUAUAUUUAACGUUUUUUGGGGGGAGGGGGGAGAGGUUAAACAUUUUAGGGAAAGCGUUUCAUUUAUUUGUGCUGAAAGUCUGAAGAAACCCGAGCUGCGGAGUUUAGCUUAGCCAGAAUGGCCAGAAAGGACCUAACAAAUAUCUACAUGGCUCAUAACUGUUAUGUUAUAAGCUAAAAGAAAAGAAAAUUUAUAUUUUUUAAAGAAUAUGAACUUUAAUCAAUCCUAUUUGAUUUUUAUUUUUUUUAAUGAAUGUUCGUCACAGAACUGACAGAGUCCAACUCUUGGUGUCUAGUUCUGCACUGAACUUUAACUCCUGACUCAACAAUACAAUGGAGGCUCGUUAAAAUCGUGUUAUACAUUUACUCUGAAUGAGAUGAAAAAGGACAGGGACUACCGUGUCAUGGGGGUCAAGGUCUAGAGCUUUGUGUAUACCAAUAAAGAAACAUUUAACAAGUUCACAUAAAACACUGCAAUACCAGAUGAGGAAUGAAUGCAGGUGUGAAAUUGGCUUCAAGGGGUGAUCAAAUGUACAGUACAAGGACAAGCUUAUUGUCUGAGUCACAUCUUUUAUUGUGGAAAAAAAAAGGCUGCUGGGUUAUGCCUUGUGCUUGGGAAUCGCCACUCAAGAAUGUACUCAGCUGGUCCUUUUCUAUGUCAGACUUUUCAGUUGGCUACCAUUGUAUCAAAAAGUCAGUCAUCAUUAACUGUGUAAAUGUCUUAUUAAUCAACAUUGGGAAAUUGUCAGAUGUCAUUUGCAGCUACAUCAACCGCUUUGUGCUAAUAUCAAAAUAUGAGGAGGUGGAAUGUUUUUCUGGGUUUUUGACCAAACCAAACCAAACCAAAGCACUUGUUCUUGGAAGCCUUUCACAAGCAGGUCUGCAGUGACAUCUGCUGGACACUUUAACUCCCUCUGUCUCCAGGGUGAGGACAUUUUUAGAGUAAGUGUGCAAAGACUAAAUUAAAUAUUAAUGUGGGAAAAUGACAAGAUUUACUGCAUGUGACAAUGAACAAAUAACCAAUGCUAUUUAGAGACACAGUGUCUUUGUUCUAUUGGUGUCAAUAGUUGUGUAUUUAUCAUAUGAAGUUAUUUGUUUAAUUUAAUUAAUAAACAGGUAUUUAGAGUCUAUAUUUCACAGAGGAAUAAAAACAUCAAGGUAAAACCUAAGCUGCUGACAAUAUUAAACAAUCAACAACAAACAAUUGCGUACAGUUUUCCAUAUCUUGAGACUAUGCCAAACUCUUUGAACAUUAAAUAAUGUAAGAUAUGGGCCUGGCUGUCUUUCACUAUUUAAUGACUUUGUCAUGAUAAGAGAGGAAGAUAGGGUUGACAAUAUAGACAUAAUGAAAUAUUAACUUAUUCUUGACUACAUCAGUAUCAAUGGGUGUUAAUCUAAAAUAAAGGCAUUUGGGGAUAACUAAUGGUAA